AUGGCAGAUUCGCAGACGGAGAUCGAUCUGGACUCGGUUAUUGACCGCUUGUUGGAGGUGCGAGGCAACCGCCCAGGCAAACCUGUCCAGCUACAAGAAUACGAGAUCAAAUAUCUCUGCACAAAAGCACGCGAGAUAUUUAUAAAUCAACCGAUAUUGCUUGAAUUAGAGGCCCCCAUAAAGAUUUGUGGUGACAUCCACGGUCAAUAUUAUGACCUGCUCCGACUUUUCGAGUAUGGCGGGUUCCCACCAGAAGCAAACUAUCUUUUCCUCGGCGACUACGUCGAUCGGGGGAAGCAGUCUCUCGAGACCAUCUGUCUCCUCCUCGCCUACAAGAUCAAGUACCCCGAAAACUUUUUCAUUCUCCGGGGCAACCAUGAGUGUGCAAGUAUAAACCGAAUCUAUGGCUUCUAUGAUGAAUGCAAACGGCGCUACAAUAUCAAACUGUGGAAGACGUUUACGGAUUGCUUUAAUUGUCUCCCUAUAGCCGCUAUCAUCGAUGAAAAGAUCUUUACAAUGCACGGUGGUCUCAGCCCUGAUCUUCAGUCCAUGGAGCAAAUACGGAGAGUGAUGAGACCUACGGAUGUUCCUGACACAGGUCUGCUAUGUGACCUACUAUGGUCAGAUCCCGACAAGGAUAUCACUGGGUGGUCGGAGAAUGAUCGAGGAGUAUCCUUCACAUUUGGUCCCGACGUGGUGUCCCGAUUUUUGCAGAAACAUGACAUGGAUCUCAUCUGUAGAGCUCAUCAGGUCGUUGAGGAUGGUUAUGAAUUUUUUGCAAAGCGGCAUUUGGUCACGUUAUUCUCAGCGCCUAAUUACUGCGGAGAGUUCGAUAACGCAGGCGCAAUGAUGAGUGUAGACGAAACCCUAUUAUGUUCCUUCCAGAUCCUGAAGCCUGCUGAGAAGAAGGCUAAGUAUCCAUACGGAGGGAUGAACAUGGGUCGACCAGUAACACCACCGCGUAAGCAGAAGAAGAAGGACAGCAAGAUGGGCUGA